GUGGACCCCAAACGUGUCAGUGACUCAAAUCAUAACUCCACCGAGUUGAGACAGACUCACUCGCAUCCAAAACGGAAGAUUCCUUAUAAUAUACCGUUCUUAACCCAAUCUUCGCUCGAAACUCGUAACCCCGCUUACGGACAAAGCCACCCCUUUCCUAUAUAAAUCAAGCCAUCUUCUUCCCCCUUUCCCCCCACAAAUUUUAAAUCUCUUGAAACCCAUUCCCACUCAAAAAAAAAUAAUGACUUCUUCCACCCUCUCUGAGUCAGAGCAAGACCAUCUCUUGGAGAAACUCGAUGUCUUCAAGGUCCAAGGCCGAGAUAAACGCGGCCGUAGUGUUCUUCUCAUUAUCGGCAAGCACUUUCCUGCUCGGAUGGUUAGCUGCGAGGUUUUGAAGAAGUAUUUGGAAGAAAAGAUUUACCCUAAAUUAGAGGAAAAGCGUUUCUCUGUGGUUUAUAUACAUACAGAUGUUCAAAGGAGUGAAAAUUUCCCUGGAAUCUCAGUUCUCAGAUCAAUCUACGAUGCUAUUCCGAUGAAAGUCAAGAACAAUAUCCAGGCUGUUUAUUUCUUGCAUCCCGGUUUACAGUCUCGGCUUUUCCUUGCCACUUUCGGCCGUCUGUUUUUCAAUGGAGGGUUGUAUUCGAAGCUCAAGUAUGUGAGUAGGCUUGAAUUUCUGUGGGACCAUGUGAGGAGGAUGGGGAUUAAAGUACCUGAGUUUGUGUAUGAUCACGAUGACGAGCUCGAGUACCGUCCGAUGAUGGAUUACGGAUUGGAAAGUGACCACCCUCGAGUUUACUCCCGGCCACCCUUGAAGGAUCCGGUUUCGGUGUACUCUAUGAGGUGCAUAGCUUAAGUUUUAAUCGAGUGUUUAAAAGCUAAAACUGUAGAUUUUUUGUUGAUACGUUCAUGGCUUUUUUGGGUUGUUAAUAGAGGAGCUUUUUAGGUUUUUUGAUAUUGUACAAAGUGGAAGUUUGUGUAAAUAGUCCGACUUCAUUGGCUGAGU